GUACCUUCCCAUCCCGAUCAUCUAGCUUUGCACCCUCGUACUUCUUGCUUGCUCCUUGAACUGAGGCUCGUUCUUGUCGGAUUCUUUUGUUGUUAAAGGAAAAGGGGUGAAGUGGGGGAUAUAGGUACUUGGAUUCACGAGUUUAUGGGCUCACAGGUUCAUAAGUUCGCAGCGAAAUGGCUGGAUUCCCACCACAGAGUAUUAGGGGCGUUGUGGGAGAGGUGAUGGGGUUGUUGAAGGGGAGGGGGGAGAGUGUUUGUGUGGCUGAGACUGUGAGUUCUUUUCUUCUUUUUUGGGGGGUCUUUGGAUCUUCUUUGGGGUAAGACUUAUUGUUUGCCUGGAUGUGGAGGCUUGGUGUUUCUUUUGUUUGGGUGUCUAGCUGGUUUGUGUGAUGAUGUGUUGUUCAUUUGUGGUUUCUGGUUUGGUCUGGAUGUUUGAUGUUUUGAGAUUUCCUGUUUGGUGUAGGAAUUUGUUUUGUUUGCGAGGGGUUGAUGAGCUGCGGGACUUUGGAUUGGGAUACUAUGGAUGGAUGGGAUAGAGGUGUUGGGUUGAGGUUUGAUGGGAUGAGAUAGGAGUGCUGAUGAAGUCUUCAUAUAGGCAGCUGGUGGUAUCAUCUCAGCCAGUAUCCUGAGUACACCUGGUGCUAGUAAAUUGUAUAAAGGUGGUGCCACUGUAUGAAUUACCACCUCCCCCCAUUCUCCCCUACAACUAACGGAAAACUAGCUAUAUACAUUAGAAUCUCGGGCUGCUUUUGGUGAGUAUUCCUCCUUUUUCAUUCUAUCUCCAUGUCCCCCUCUUCUUCCUCCUCCUCUAUAUUCUUUGGAAAACUCAAAGAAGAUUCGGAUGUUGAUAAUAAAAACAGCCGGUUGGACAGAAGAGAUGACAACCAACUACCGCGGUCCCACCCCCGACGUCGUCUCCUUCCUCGCAAAGAAUGUCCGCGCGAAACUCGGUGGUACGUAUUGUAUCUGUGAAUCUGGGACUGCGGGACCGACGGGUGGGAAUACGCCUAAUAGGACGCCGUAAGUAAUCGUCUACUUUCCUUUGCUCCCCUCUUCUUCCUUGAUGCUCGUGCUGCUCUCCCUCCACUCCCUACUUUCCCUUCUUUUCCUACUAUUUUUAUCUGGGGAAAGAAAAUCGACACUUGGGCAAGGAAAUGGAAGGGAGCUUGUUCUGAGAUGCAAAAUAGGGGAUACGUAGCCCUCGCCAUCGCCACCGAAAAUGGGGUUUUCACCAAGGAACUUGAUACGGGACUCGGCGGGGAUAGAGAGGGGAAUAUGAUUGCGUUUGCGAGGGAGGCGUUGGGAUUUUUGAGGGAGGUUAUUAAGGGGGAGGCGAAGUUGUGAGGUUUGAGUUGAGAGGGAGAGGGA